GUUUAGUUUAUGUCCUUAGAUAGUGGGUAUUUGUGUACUUUUCGUAAAACCAGAAGAGGAGUGAUAGAAGAAAACAGAAAAAGAAAAAAGAAAACAAACAAACAAAAAAAGAGUGAGAAGAAAAGAAUUAAAGAAACACUAGUGUAGUAGCAGAACAUUUAUUAAAUAAUUAUAAUUUUGAUCUGAUAAUUUUUUGGUAUUGAGAUUAAGUAAUAAUGGGUGAUUCAAAUUCAAGUGGUUCAGUUUCCAUUGAUAUUCAGUUAAUACCAUUAGGAGGAAAGGAAUGUUUGGUUGAAACAAGUAAAGGACCAAUUUCUGUUUUUGUAUGUGGGGAUCAAGAAAAACCUGCUUUAAUUACAUACCCAGAUGUUGCUCUUAAUUAUAUGUCAUGUUUUCAAGGGCUAUUCUUUUGUCAAGAAGCUGCUUCUUUGUUGCUACAUAACUUCUGUAUUUACCACAUUGAUGCCCCAGGGCAUGAGUUAGGAGCUGCGGAGAUUGCUUCAGAUGCGCCAAUGCUUAGCAUGGAUGACCUUGCGGAUCAGGUCGCUGAAGUGCUUGAUUACUUUGGGCUUAACGAAGUUCUAUGCUUGGGUGUAACAGCAGGCGCAUAUAUUCUAACACUCUUCGCUAUGAAGUACAAGGACCGUGUUCGCGGGUUAAUUCUUGUUUCCCCAAUAUGCAAAGCACCUUCCUGGACUGAGUGGCUUUACAAUAAGGUGAUGUUGAACCUGCUUUACUUCUAUGGUAUAUGUGGUAUUCUAAAGGAGUGUCUUCUUCAGCGAUACUUCAGUAAGGAAGUUCGCUGUGGUACACCUGGCACUGAAUCUGACAUUGUACAAGCUUGUAGAAGGUUGCUAGAUGAAAGACAACAUUCAAACAUCUUCCGCUACCUUCGAGCUGUUAAUGAGCGCUGUGAUAUCACCGAAGGGUUGAAGAAGCUGCAAUGCAAGACACUCAUUUUUGUGGGUGAAUGCAGUCCCUUUCGGUCUGAGUCGAUCGGUAUGAGUAACAAAAUAGACAGGAAAAUCAGUGCCCUUGUAGAGGUAGAAGCGUGCGGCUCAUUAGUAACAGAGGAACAUCCAUAUGCCAUGAUAGUUCCUAUUGAGUUCUUCUUGAUGGGUUUUGGGUACUACAAGCAACCUUGUCUUGGUUCUAGUCUUAGUUCUGCUCAGUCAGGUACAACAAGCCAUUGUUGCAUUUCGCCAGAUCUUUUGUCCCCAGAGAGCAUAGGCAUUAAGCUUAAACCAAUCAAGACACGUGUCAGUAUGGAAGCCUGAUGAAACAAGGUGAUUUGAGAUACACCAUGGCUCCACUGGGACCUAGUGCUGACUCAGACGGCAGAGAGCCUCAGCUUUGCGCGUGUACAUCCAGGGUUGUACAUAAUGUUUUCAAAUUCUUUGAUUGUCAUAAAUGUGUAAUGUUUAGCAGUGAAGAAAGAUGUGUAGAUAAUAGAAGAAUGAGAAGAAAAAGUCAUAGAUGUGGGUGUGUAAUUGUAAUUUUGGAACUACUAUUAUAACCAAAAAGACUGUAAAGCCUAGUUAUUCCAUUGUUCUUUUAUA